UCCUUCUGUGUUUUAACUUGAUGAAUUAUUAACGAGUUUGAGAAGGUCGAUUCAAACGUCGAACCAAAUAGGAUCGAACUUUAUUGCUAAUUCGACACAAAAGCUUUGCGUUAAAAUGUUACAUGUACAUGCAUAUAUACAUAAAAAAUAUGUAAAAUAUUGUACGUAUACGUAAUGUAUGUAUCAGAUUCUGCACAUGAAAAGUUCCACUCCUGAAUGAAUGUUUUCAUUGAUUUUCUAAAUGAUCAUGUUGUCCCGUUUGAAACUGAGGCCCAAUCCAGACCAAUGUGGUUAUCCUCUUGACGGUGCACUCCAUUCUAUCACGCCAAAAAAAGACACAAAAAAAAGUGUACUAGGAAACUUGAAAAUAACUUUCUCUCAGUUGUUGUUGAUGCGAUUAUUUUUCGGCAACAUCGCUAAAAUUUAAACAACACCGCUUGCGAAUUUGUUUGAAGCGAAAUGCUCCUUUUUUUCCCGUAAAUUAAGAGCUAUUCGUGUCACUAAACUGCUUUGACACUCACACUUUGACAGCCUUUUUUUUUCUUUUGUUUCCUGGAAUGAUCCUAACAAAUUCGGUGCGAAAUUUCUCUCAGAUGUAUUUUCUUGUUGCGACUCAGGUGAACAGGCAAAAUGUUAAGCUCCAUCAUCUCCGUAACUUGUUCUUUAAUGGUUUUUUUUAGUGGCGAAAUGACAAGAACAUUGUAAUUCAAUGACAUUGCUAGCAAACCAAAAGCUAAUUGGGAACCAAAGAUUUUGCCAUAGCUGGUAGGAAUAAUCUCAAUAAGUGGCUUUUGGACUUCGAUUUGUCUUGGUUUUAAGUAUUCAAUUCUUGGCAGCUAAUGGAUGCAAGCUUGUUGCCAGAUUUCCGAGACUGAGCCGGAAAUCUGUUGACAGAUUUCCUAGAAUGAGCCCAUCAGAAUUAUGCACAAAUUCAAAAGCUCAAAUUUUCUCAACCCUUGCGUCAUAUCUUUUUGUACCAGGUGAUUUUCGUGCGCUCUCGCUGACUCGACCACUCGAUUAAAAUCCACAGAAAUAACGGAAAGACUACACGUAGUCUAACUUUUCUACUCUUUCUUUCCACGUGAAACAGGAGCCAAGCCAGAUUUCAACAGGAAGCACUGUGCAAAUAAGCUUUUUUAUCACCUGCAACAAACAUCAGCAGGUAAACAAACAAAUGCUGUCAAUAUGGUAAUAAUCAAUAUCAAACACACUACAAUAUUGACAACUUGGCUGCUAAGAAAGGAAGUUGUUCAAAUUUUGUGCGACAAUGUUUUACUUUCAUCAUCUUUUUUCGCAUAGAUGGUUGACAUCUCGCAGUAAUUAGAGAACACACUGACACCAAACAUCAUAAGGAAAAGCCUACUCGUCAUCAAAAUCGUUCGAGCUAAAGGCUAUGUAAAUUUCGAAAGAUCAUCGCCUUAGCGCUCAGACAGUCGUAGCAACCUCUACACAAGUACAUGUAACGAGCUUAACACUCUGAUAUUCAGCUCAUUUUCAAUAACGAAAGUACAAAGCAAAAUGGUUCGUACGAUCCGUUCAUUGGACUGCUUCGCGUUUCUUGGUUUCUGGUGUCACGUUGUUGUGCAAGCCACGUAUAGACAGGGAGACGUCAUGUUGGGUGGCCUUUUUAGUAUUCGCCACUUGCAGGGCACAUCAGAGGAUAAAUGUGGAGAGAUCUCCUUGGAAGUGGCACAUGCACAAGCGAUGAUCUUCGCCAUUGAUAAGAUCAACAACGAUUCAACCCUACUUCCAAACCUUUCUCUAGGUUACGACAUACGCGAUUACUGCGAAAGCAUUACACAAGCAACCCAAAUCACCUAUGAACUGUUUAAAGAUACAUGUAUGUGCUAUAAAAACACCACACAGAGAAACAUUGGAAAAAGCUCUAUCAUGGCACUAAUCGGCCCAACCUUUUCAAGUACAGCUCUUGUUCUUGGUGGAAUUCUUCAAAUGCUUAAUGUUACAGCUAUAAGCGGGACAACAACAAGUCCUGAACUAAGCUCAUACACUUAUAAACAUUUGCAUCGCUCAGUGCCUUCGGAUACUUAUUUAUCAAAAGCUGUGGCUGAUAUCAUACACCAUUUCAACUGGACCUAUAUAGCUGCUGUCGGAGUCGAUGAUUCGUAUGGACGAAAUGGAGUAUGGUCAGUCAUCAAAGAAGCCGAAAAUAAAAACGGCUCAUUCUGCGUAGCGCUGACAGAAUUCAUAUCACAUAAUACGCAGACUACAAACAUGAAGGAUGUUGUUAAAAAGCUAAGACGACACGAAAACAUCAGAGUUAUUAACCUGUGGAUUAAUGGCGGCACUCUGAGAAAAUUCUUUAGGGAAGUCAGGAGACAAAACCUCUCCCGGCGAGUUUGGAUUCUAAGUGACAUAACAUCCACAUUAAAUGCGAACGGGUUCCUUCCUUCUGACUUGUCGCCGCUUCAUGGGUCACUGGCAUUCCAACCUCACAAUUUCCAAGACGCGGGGUUUAAAGAUUAUAUGAAAACGUUGCUCCUUAACAAGGCAAAUAGGCAGGACCUUCCGGAAUGGUGGGGCGACAUAAGGGCACUGGAUAAGAACUGUUCAGCCCUUACGGGCACUGCAACUAGGCACGAGGACCGCCGAAAAGAAUUAUGUGUACAGAAUAUUGUUAAUAAUGUGUACAGCUCAUACGUUCCGUAUGUCAUUGAUGCUGUAUAUUCCGUAGCUCAUGCUUUGAAUAUUGCAACGCAAGAUACCAGCAGAAUGGAUAAUGAUGGUCAAAGGAAGCCCUACCUGAAACUGAAUGACUUGCAAAGGCUACUUUCCAGAGUCAACUUCACUGGACUAACGGGGAACAUAUUGUUUGAUAAGUUUGGCGAUAGGCAAUCUGCGUCUUACGAUAUUGUCAAUUUUCAACAAGUGGAAGAAACUGAUGCUACGGGACUAAAACAAGUUAAAGUCGGAUACUGGGACGCAUCAGAGCGGUUACAUUUAGACGAAAGCAUUCGUUGGAACAGCCAGACGGGAGAGUUUCCAAAAUCCGAAUGCCUGGAACAAUGCUCUGCUGGAACAAGAAAGUCUACUACUUCGCCUUGCUGCUGGCAGUGCAUCCCCUGUCCUCGGGGUACAAUCAACCCAGUUUCUGGAGCACAAACCUGUACUGAAUGCCCAAGAGGGAAACGUUCCAAUGAGGCUAGGACAGCGUGCGUAGAUUUACCUUUAGCCAAUCUGAAUUACUCUAGUCCAGGAGGAAUCGCUGUUCUAGUAUUUGGCGCAUUGGGUAUCGUUGUUACAAUCACUUCAUUUGCUGUUAUCUGUAGAUUCUGGAACACCCCCAUUGUAAGAGCAAGCAACAGGAAACUGAGCCUUGCUCUCCUGGCAAUCAUUCUCUUGAUGUUGUCGUUGGCCCUUAUGAAUCUGUUUGAACCAACAGGUACAAUUUGCAUGAUUAUUUAUCCUUGGCGUUACAUAACUUACAACCUGUGUCUUUCAUUUCUACUGGUAAAAGUCCUUCGCAUUUCCAGCGCUUUUGAAGUUCCAAUAGCAGCCAGUUUAACAAAAAUCUCCUUCACUAAUAGAAUGGAAGCAGUAAUUGUAACGACACUGCAAGUGUUCCUGCUGAUUGUUUUGCUACCUUGGUCGCUUUUGGAUCCACCAGUCGUUGUAGAAUACAUCUAUCCUGAACAUUAUGCUUUCAUUCAAUGCAAGGCGUACAGCAUGUCAUUUGGAAAGAGCUUGUACUUCCUUAAUUGUUCCUAUAUUUUCUUGCAAAUAUUGCUUUCCGCAUUCUGUUCCUUCAAGAUUAGGAACGUUCCAGAAAACUUCGGUGAGGCUAAAAGAAUAGCAUUUUCCAUGUACAUAUUUUUUAUUUCUUUGCUAACAUAUCAUCCGGUAGAGUUCUCAAUGAGUGCAAUGUAUGUGACAGUUGUCGACUGUGUUACAACACUGUUGAGUGCCUACGGUUUUCUUUGUUGUAUAUUCUUGCCAAAAAUAUAUAUUAUCCUCUAUAGGCCAGAGCUCAACACUUCAGUAAGCCUACGUCUGGAAGUAACUCAAUUCUCGUUUGGGCCACGUUCCAUCCGUGUGAAUCCCGCAAUUCAGUCAUAGUUCCUUCCAGUAAGGACGAACACAAACACAUUUAUCUCGAGACCACUGAGUGCUUACGAGUUUCUUUGCAACAUAUUCUCGUUUAAAACCUAUAUCAUCGUAUUUAUGGAGAUAAUUAGUUAUUUGGGUUUAGUUUUGUGCAUGUGAAUGUCGUAUUUGAUCAGUAGUUCUAUCCAGUAAGAUUGCACAUAAACGCAUAUAUCGCAAACGGAGGAAAGCUUGUUUCGAUUGCUCUAUGUUAGAACUAUACAUAUACAUUUAAAACGUAUUAGUUACUACAAUUCGAGACAAAAAUCCCUGCGACGAAUCAGGUAGCAUCCAAUGAGAAAUUGAUUUGGGUUGAUGCACCAUUGUUCAAUUUUCGACCCUCUCCUCCAUCCAUGUUAGAAAUCAAGGAGAGGUGACGAUACAGCUAAGUACCAACUGGCGGCAAAAAGGUAAAAAUCUCCAGCGGUAGGCCAGAAACAAAGACCCGAAUAAAUGAUAUCUUAUCCAAGGCUCGCAUUACUUUUUGCGCUCUAUUGUCUAGAAUUCGAAGUGGUAUUUUAAACAGCUACACGCGAAUUGUGCAGUACUUUAAGCCGGAAUGAUAGCUUUGUUUGAUACACCAACAACUGAAAUAAAUCACGUUUUCUUUCGGAAACGAUAAAGGUGUUUGAAAAUUCGAAAACACUCGAAUUUUACGUAGAUCUCCUUUUUGCAGGUUUUUUUUUUUUUUUUUGCACUAUACUACCGAUAAACAAGGAUUUAAACGGUAUUGUCUAUUUUCGUACGAGACAACAGUUGAAAUAGCUCGCCCUGCCACAUAACACACGCGACCGGAUUGGGUUGGAGACUACGUAAAUUCAAACUUGCCUAAAUCAGCUUCAGUCGUCAAAACACUCAAUUUGUGAUACAUUUUACCUCUUCCUGUGUUCGUGACAAUCGUUUUAGCGAUAUCUGAACGUGUAGUCACCAGUUUGUUUGACUGGCUAACACAUGUUUACAUUGCAAAUUAGGCACUGCACUGUAAUUGCAUAGUAUUAUUCAAAGUACAUCUAGUUCAACUCUGAAGCCGAAACAAUACCAUUUCGUUUCUGAGGAAAACACAGAAAAAAAAAAUAAAUAAAAAAUAAAAUAAAAUAAAGAAGUCUUCGCAAUAUAAGAAUCAGAGCACGACUUAUCGGUGCCAGCGCUAAUCAGCAGUUGACUAGCUCCGUGAUAGAACAAGAUGAACCAAAUUCUGCGCUGUGAUUGGCUACCCGAGCGACAAAGAUGUCGCUAUCUUGCUCGCUCGGGACUACCCACUAUGUCCCGCAGGAAAGAUUUUCCCGAAAGCCACAUACUCAGUUCUCGCUCCAUAAACACGCCAAAAAAAUAACUUAGCCAAUAUCCAGCCAUCUUGACCAAACAAGCUUGGUCAA